CUAUACUCCAAGACUUUCGCCAUUUUCUGGGGGAAGGUGGAGCGAAAAGGUUGAUUUUAGCCCCGCGUGGAGUGCCCGGGGAGUGCAGGCCAGCCCUAACCCGCCGCCAUGACCAUCCUACCCAAGAAGAAGCCCCAGCAGGCCUCAGGGGGGGCGGAGGGCGAGGCAGGGGAGUCAAAUACCCCCAGCAACCACCAGCACCAGAUGACAAUGGGAGCCCUGCCUAUGCCUACCCACCUACAGGCAGGGGAAGGCACCAGCCGAGGCACUCUCUACCUGUCCUCCCAGUCCCCUCCCCCGUGCUGGCCGCCCCCACCGCCCUCCGCCACCCCACGGGAGGAGAAGCGCCCCUCCCACACCUCCCCCUCCCACUUUGAGGACACCCAUGAGAGCGGCCCCUCCCACAGCAAACGUCGCUACCGUGCCAGCCCUCUCAGGAGUGUGAGGCCUAAGCACCGGGACCAUCGGCAGCACUCCCCGCCCUACCCCAGCACCAGCAGUGGGUGGAGUGUUGCUCCCGUCACCCACCCCCUCCCACACCCACACACACACACCCACCCACACCCUCACUCCCACAUCAACGGCUCCAUCCCUCCUGCUCUCCCACCGGCACUCUCCCCCCAGGCGGGACCCUCUCAGGACCCGGAGGAAAACGACCACAGUGGCUACAACAGUGGUGAUGAGUAUGAGCCCUUCGGAUGGAACCUAACAGCUGAACAGUGGGAGGAGAAGGAGCGGAGGUUUGAGAAGAAGAUGAAGAAGAAAGGGCUGAUGAUUAAGAAGAUGCGAGAGGACGGUGCCUGUCUGUUCCGCGCCAUUGCCGACCAGGUGUAUGGCGACCAGGACAUGCACAGCAGCGUUCGUAAGCACUGCAUGGACUACAUCGCUCGCAAUGAGGACGCCUUCGCUCCGUUUGUCUCCGAGGAUUUCCAGACGUACGUGCAAAGAAAACGGAGAGACGACUGCUUCGGCAACCACAUAGAGCUGGCGGCCAUGUCGGAGAUGUAUAACCGCAUCAUUGAGGUCUAUUGCUACAGUGUGGAGCCAAUCAACAGCUUCCAGGGCAGCCUACAGACAGACAACGAACCAAUCCGCCUCAGUUACCACAUGGGCACUCACUACAACAGCCUGGUGGACCCCUACAAGGCCACUGUGGGUGUGGGUUUGGGGCUGCCGGGCUUCCAACCAGGACUCGCCGACAAGAACCUCAUGAAAGAAGCAACCAGGCAGAGCGAGAAUGUUCAUUUGGAGCAGGCCAUGUUGGAGGACAAGAUUCGGGCCACAGACUACGAGGCAACCAGUGAGGCCAUCGAAGAGCAGGUGGCCCAUGAGAGUUACCUGCAGUGGCUGAGAGAGAACGACCAACGCUCCAAGGGCCAGCGGUCCCCCUCCUCCACCUCCAGCAGCGAGGCUGCUGACCGGUGUCCCCGCGGCCGCUCCUCCCCCCUCCACCAGACACCCCCAGCCGAGGGCUCCUCCGACACCUCCCGCAGCUCCCCCCGCUCCUCCCAGUGUUCAGGAGAGCUGCCCAGACUACCUCCCCGUGGUGCCACCCCCACCUCCCCCAGGGGCUCCUCCAGCUCCAAGGACGCCCCCACCCCCGGGCCAGAGCACUACCCUGCUGUGCCCGGCUCGUCCAAGGACCCCAUGCCCUCCUCCUCAGGCCACUCUGUCUCCAUAGGGGACUUCACAGUGAAUGAACGCGCAUCCUUCCUCAACCACCUGCCGCCGCACAUAUUUGGACUGAGUGACUACUCAAGUGCCGAGGCUGACAUUCUGGCCCAGGUGCUUGCCGCCAGCCAGCAGGAGUACCUGGAGACACUUAAGUCCCGCACCAAGGAUGAUGUGCCGGAAAAUGCCCCUUCUUCCUCCUCAUCGUCCUCCUCCUCCUCAUCCUCUGCUGCUUCCUCAUCCUCUGCCUCCUCCUCAUCAUCCUCCUCUUCCUCCUCUUCUUCCUCCAGCCCCUCAUCCUCUCCCAUGGCCUCAUCCUCCUCCACGUCCUCCUAACACUUCCUCCCGCUCGUCUCCCAGCACUCGCUGCGUUCCCAGUGUGCAUCUGUAGUCAUUAAUCUCAGUUCCCUGGUAACUGCAUCAGGUGCACCAGUUUGCCACAUAAUUACCUAACGUUUUAUGUGUGUGUUUGUGCCUGUGUGUCUGUGUGUAUGUAUGUGUGUGUGUGUGUGUGUGUGUGUGUGUGUGUGUGUGUGUGUGUGUGUGUGUGUGUACUUCAUGGGGAUAGUUGCUGAAUGUUACAUGUAGUUUUUCUUUCAUUGCAUCUCAGGAUAGAAAUGUUCCUCUGCAAUGUUAUGCAAAAUCAAAAUGUACUUCUACCCUUCCCUGCAGAGCUAUUCAAACCACAUUUGUGCUUCUGAUUGACUCUCUCUUUCUCUCAAGUUCAGUUUAAUGGAUUCCAGUCUGGUGGUACUUACAGGGCCAGGGGGAUGGGGGGGGGUGGCAGCACACACAGAGCUUGGGGUUGUGCCAAUGUAGGAGUUAUUUGCAUUUAAAAUUGACAAUACUCACAGCUGUAGGGCUGGAGGGGUCUCUAGUGCUGCCAAGCCCUGCGGGGAGUCAGUGUGGUGCGGAGUGAGGCGUCGCAGAGAUGUUAGUUAGCUGAGGGACGGUGACGGCUGCACAGAGGCGGUGCCAAAGGAUGUGAUGAGCUUGACAGUUGCAGGAAUGGAUGUGGUUUGAAUAUUGAGAAGUUUAGAAAUAACAGUGUAGCCAUACAUUGCAUUUUUGACAUGUGUUUGACAGUUUAUUCCUUCAGCAGUUAUUCCAAUGAAGUGCAACUUUGUAUUAUGCAUAAAUAUGCACAUUUGACUAGGCAUUUACAUCACUUUUAUUGCUAUGUUGUUAUUUUGCAGGUUCCGUGCACCAGUUGCUCGACGAACCAUUUGUUUUGCUUCCGAGUAGUUGGCUUCACUUUAGUUUCUGUGAACACGUUCCAAUAAUCUUCGCACCGUCACCCUCAUGAUCAUCACCAAGCUGCUCAUCAUCAUAAGCUCAGGCAGGCCCUUUGGUCCUAACCAAUCAGAAGACUGCUUGCUGAAAUAAUUAUUUUAACGACACUGAACCUGUGAUAGUUCGGCAGGCCUGGCCAGUGCCCAAAUUACAAAAAUGACGUCCUGACUCCUUGGCAACAUCUCAAAAAUUAUGUAUAGAAGCUUUGUGACAGACUUCCACCUCCUGUCCUCACCCUGCCAGGCACAUCCUUGUCACUUCACCACUCCUUACCCCCGAGAACACACUACCUCCAGAAAGCCAUUGGCCUCGUAAAUUGUAUAAAAACCAUAUGCCAGGCACGUCAUUUUUGGCCAUACUGACAAAUUUGUGCAUGAUUUACCUUGUUUAGCUCAACUUUGUACAUACCAAGACUCUGUCCAGCUCUUGAGAUUGAACACUAUUCAAAAAGAAAGUAAAACCAAUUGGACGGCAUCAGUGCCACCUCCCUUGAGCUAAGCAGAACAGUGCCAGGUUUGUGAGUGCCAUCAUUCCUUCUGACACAGUGUGGAGGGCCUUCCUGCCCCAACACUGCAUUGCAAGGUGUUUGUAAAGCCAACAGUUUGCACAUCAUCUUGUAACUGUGGAGAAGUCAUGGGUAUAUAUACGUGAUAUAGUUCACAUACAAGCAUCAUAUCAACAAUUCUCCAGUAAUUUGGCUAGCUAAUCCACAUCAGUAAAGCCAAAGCCUCCAACAGAAAGAGUCACCAGGAUCCUAAGUGUUAGUGGUGGUAUUCCCUGUUCCGUCUAUAUAAGUAAUGGUGUGUCACGCAGUCAUUGUGAGUCUGUAGUGGCUGCAAGUGCAAGAUGAGUGUGUGCUUGGGUGUGAGUGGUGAUGCCUGGCCUGGCCCAUCCAGCUGCCAGGCAUCACCACCACCACAGGGCCAUCUGGCUGCUGGGUUGUAGGCGACACUUUCCCGUGAAUGACAUUGUUGUGUUUUGGUGAAGAGUUACUUUCCAGAUAGUUGAUAGUAUGUACCAUUACUAUGAGGGAUUCAUGCAAAAUUAUUGUUUAUUAUAGCAUGAGGAGGGAUAUAAAUGUAACUUUAGGCCUGCAUUACCUAAUAAGAAAUGCAACAAAGUGAUAAAAGGAUUCUUAUACAAUAUUCAUUAAGCAAUAUAUUUUGGUUUCAAGGUUGUCGUGAAAAAACCAAAAUGUUGUCAGAUUUGUUUUGUUGGUUUAUUGAAGGGCUGGUAGAAUGGUGGACAUUGGUGUGCAGUGUUUGUAUUGGCAGAAAUUAUUGUUAACAUGUUUCAAGAAUAAUCAUUUUUGUUACAAUUCCAUUUACACACACACACACACACACACACACACACACACACACACACACACACCACAGCCCCACAGUAUGUUGAGAAACCCCAGUCACUCCCCCACAGCCUCACAAAACACACACACACACACCUUGAAAUGCUCUUCACCCUCAAGUGUCACAUUAGUAAUUCUUGAUGUAACCUUAACAAUUUGGACACAUGGAGGAUGAGUGGAGGAGCUGCUCACCAACACCAGCCCUCCCCUGCCGGGUGAGGGGCUGUUCAUGGCUGGCCACAGCAACACACAGGCCGGGGGUUACUGUGCAAUCACCCAGCGCUGAAACAUCUUGUAUAUUUUGCUGCUUUUGCUCUCCUUACCAUGUCAGAAGGAAGAGAGAGACAAGAACAGGAUAGGAAUGAGUGGCUGGUUUCAGUGGCACAGGACUGUAGUUGACAUCAUACAAGUCUGGCAUUGUAAUCUUGCCACCUGAGGACAUGACUUUGUACUACGACUACCAUUAGGUACUUGUGAAUUGUGAGAGGUGUGACUAUUUACAUGAGAAUUAUCUGGUGGUACUUGUAGGUAGUAAAUCUUCAUGGUCUGUUCAGUGGAGGCAGAGCUGAGCAAGCUGCAGGUGUUGGUGUGAGGCUGUGAGUGCUGACUACUACUGCCUCAUUAUUGUUUUACUUUGACAUUUGUCCCACUAAGAGCAUUAACACACUGAUUUACAGGGAGUGAGAUUGUUACUUUAUUUUUUGAUAUUUUUCUAAGGAUAUUGAUAUGAUUAGACAGGAACAGGAUUGUGUAACCUUCUGACAACUUUUAGUGCAUCUAAAUGGCCUGUAACUACUAAACCAUCGCACUAAAAAGCAUUUCAACAUGGAAUAUUUAAAACUUGAAUAACUUGAUAUUUAACCUGUGUGACUCUCCUCCCAGAAUAACCUGUAUAAGUGUAGACUGUCAGCACCCACCUUGCAAUCUCACCCCAGCUGACACCACAUCCCUUGCUUGACUCUGCUCCACCAAACAGAAAGAAUUUGUUUCCAGUGGACUAGAACACACCAGACAAUCAGUGAGAGCACUGCCAUUAUGAAUAUUUUAUGUAUGUUUUACUGUGAUAAGCCCUCUCCUCUGCUGUAAAGAUCAUAGCUGGGCGUGAUGAUGAAAACAUUGAUCACGAUAACUAAUACAUAGAUAACAAAAGCCUUGUUGGCGACGAGUUUGUUGCCCGUAACGCCCACCUAUGGUAAAGAUGCUCUGCCGCCUUCCACUGACUAUUGGAAAUUUUACAACUGGGAAUAUAUAAUGAAUGUUUACUGUUGAAAUGACAAUUUAAUGUUAAAUAACUACUAAAAAUGUCUCAAAUGUCAAAUUCAACCAGUGGAGUGGAUAGGAAAGAGUGACAAAGUGUCCUCAGUGCACAGCAGGGCGGGGUGUCUUGGUGCAGGGUGAGCAGGUUCAGCCGUGGUGACAGCACCAGUGUUCUCAGGGGGGACACCAUUCCUUGGCCACACUGGAAAGGAAGGAGUACACCAAUUCUAAUGUGUGGACAUUAUUAUAAUAGUCACUAUGCAGCUUAUUGGCCAUAAUGUUCCCAUCUUGUUUUGAUGUUUUGAAACCUAAUUGUAACAGAUUAUAAUCUAUCUAAUGAGUUUUAUGAAAUCCACAUGAUACACUGAAACAAGAUGAGAAUACAUCAGCCAUAAGGCAAGCAGGAGCUGUUCAUGUGAUCACUGUGCCAGGGUCAUGACACCCACAGCAGCUCCAAGACUCCUUGAUCCCCGGUGACUAUGUAAAGGUAGAGCUCUCCCCAACCCUUCCUCCUCCUCCUCUCUCUCUCUCUGAGGCAAAGGCUUAAGAACUAUCAAGGUGAUCAGGAACCAAGAAAGACAAGGGAAUUAGCUAGAGGUGUAGUAUGUACUAAAUCUAAGGACAGGCAAGUGUGAGGCAUUGUAGAGUAAGGGGGUUGGUUCAUCUAAUGGUGCUAUGUUGAGGAAAUGACUCGUUACCCCACAGUAGUGCUUCCAAGGUCAGCACACCAAACUGACCUGCUUCUGGAAUACAGUCAUCAAUUGUGUAUACCUUUUAAAAGCCCCUUCUUUCCUAAAAACCAAGCAAAGUUGUAUCUGCUAGAAGUGGACUGAGUCUUGCUCUCUUUUUGCAAUAAUUAUGAUUUUGUGAUUUUUUUAAGACAUUUUCCAAGUGUAGGUGAUAUUGAGUGAUGGCCUUGGGUGUACAUAUUAAUUAAUUAGACCUGUUGUGAUAACUUUGCUUCACUAGCUAGUGGUUAGCUCAGGCUGGAAGAACAUUGCACACAUCAACUUACACAAAAACCCUCUUGAGCCACACGUUGGAUUCUUACUGUAGGAAAUGCUGGCUGUUGUGCUACCCAUUGUAACUUAUCUGUGACUCCUCUCUGAGCUGUAGGAACAAUGCAUCACAGUUCACCAUAGCAAAAAUAUCUGGCAUUAUUGCAAAUAUUUAGGAAAGACUGUGGUUCGUGAAAAUCUCUCUUAAAAAUUAUCAGCAAACUGUGUUCAUACUUGUGACUGACACCUUUUGUAUUUAUUUUAAUGAUAAAAAUCUCUUCUUAUUGAAUCUAGGAUAGAGUCAAAAGUUAGGAAUAUGCAAAAGUGUACAGAUUCCUUUAGUUUCACUCAUAUUGUAUUUAUGUAGUAAAUUCAUUAAACAUUAAAGUCUCAAUAUGCA